CGAUUAAGUAAUGCGACCCGGAGACAGGCUCAAUUUGACCGAAUCUUUGUCCAAACUGAGUUGGCGAUGCGUGGCGCGACAAGAAGAACCUAGAUCGACCUUAUGCCCAGGCUGGCAAUUUGGAUCGGCUUCUACCUGGUUUGCAUAGAGAAUUCCGCAUUCCGCACAAGUGGGUAUUCGGCGGAAGAGGAAUUGGACGACCUAGAUGAAGAACCGUCCGGUGGACGCCGGAUGAAGGAGUGUUCGAAAGCGUGGAAUGCUUCGAGUCCAUCAACUCAGUCCCAUUUGUGGAUCGAAACCAUGGUUGUCGUGGAUCCCUCUGUUCGCAAUCGAUUUGACACAAUUGAACAAGCGCAACUCUACGUUCAGACAUUAAUGCAAAUGACCAACGACUUACUUCACCACAACUCUUUGGGCACAAAUCUAAGCAUCUCCGUGCGGGAAAUAGUGUGGAUCAGUGAACGGGAGUCCAGUGCACUACUGUGGGGACCUUCACUGAUUCGAUCGGUUCACCGCUUCUGCAAGUGGGCUCUGGUUAACCAUUACGUCAAAUACAAUUAUGACCACGCUCUUCUACUGUCCAGAAACAUUGUUCAGGCCGCCGGCAUUUCUCCUCUUGGACACAUGUGUCACAUGCAAUACUCGUGCACGCUGGCAGAAGAUAGUGGUUUUUUCUCCGCCUAUCCAAUCGCUCAUGAAAUAAUGCACAGCCUUGGAAUUGAACAUGAUGGCGAUGGGAACUCGUGUGAUCAGUCUGGCCGCACGGGAAACAUUAUGGCGCCACUCAUUCUGUCGGCCAGUCACAACCAUCAUUGGAGUGUUUGCACUCGUCGCAAGUUGAAGAAAAUCCGAAGCUUGAAUAGGCUGGAAUGCCUGGAAGAUUUUCCAAUCGGACGCGAUCAGUUUGCAAUCGAUGGAUUCCCCGGAUGGCAGUGGUCACUAGAUGAACAAUGUCGUGUUUCUACAGGUUCCAAUGCAAGCCGACACUGUUCCAAAUUCGGAGAGCAUCCCUGUCGUGAGUUAUGGUGCUUCAUGCCGGAGCCGAUUGGGAAAUGCUCGAAGAUCCUGAACCAUGGAAUGUUGGACGGUACGACUUGUGGUGACGGAAAGGAAUGCAUACGGGGGGACUGUAAGGAGAUACAACAGCCCCCAUUGAUUUCUACAGUUUAUGAUGAAUAUGAAGCCUGGACCACAUGCUCAAGAUCCUGCGGGACCGGAACUCAGUAUCGUCGGAAACGAUGCCAUGGGUUUCGUGUAAAAGCCACGAAGACGCUCAUCUGUGAUACGAAGCACGUGGAAUAUCGUUUGUGUUAUAACGAAAAGGCGACUAACUGCCACACUGCAGUAGAUGAUCGUGAGUUCCAGUGCUCAAGGUAUAACCAAUUUAAAUUGCGCGGUGUCUUCCAUACUUGGCUUCCUGUUGUGAACCAAAGUGCGCCUUGUCAACUGCUGUGUCGAUCUGAACAAACCGAACAGAUUUUGGAUGCACGUACUGCAGUUCGCGACGGCACUCCCUGCGGUUAUGAAACUCCAGAUGCUCGGUGUGUCCAGGCCCAAUGUGUGAAAUUCGACUGUUUGGGUGUUGUCAACGGGAAAGCUACAAGAGACCGGUGUGGCACAUGUCAAGGGGAUGGAUCCAGCUGCAAAACCAUCCGUCACACACUUGUUCGAAAUUUGACUCAUGCUGAAGGAUAUCCUAUUGUGCAUAUUUUGCCUGGCUUUGUCCGUGAAAUCCGCCUCUUGCUAAAUUCAUCAAACCACGUGCUAGGUUUGUUUGAUACUUCGAGGAUGAAAUUCUUAUUCAGAGGAGAUUUCCAGACAAGUACAAGGAACACUACCACCUCUACCACCAGAAGAGUGCUUUUUGGCACUGAAUUCACGUUCCAAACUUUCCAAACUGCGGACGGGGCAUACUUCAGCUCGGUGGUGGCGACUGGUCCGAUUCUUGGUGAUAUGGCAGUCAGAAUUCGACAGCUUGUUAACAAUCCGGAAAACACGAAACUUAUACUGCACAUCAAAUAUACAGUGGUAGAAAAUAACUGAAUAAAGGUGAACACAAACAGGAUUCGGAAACUCCCUACUACUAAGAAUCAAGCCUAUAAUUUAGGCUUAUGUACACAUGACGAUUUAUAAGGUCUCCCGAAACUUAUGAAAAUGUAUACCUG